GCAGAAAGUCCAACAGGGACUCGGGGUCACCGCGGACGGGAAAGCGCCCGCUGCGGGCUGGGUCUAGUUGGCCGGGCACACAUGGGUAACCAAAUGAGAAGGCGUCUUCCUGGUGGCGCCCAGAGCCCGCGGCUCCGGCUGGUUAAGGGGGACAGUGCUUCACAGUUAGGCGGGCUCACGGGUGGGGAGGGCCGGUGGCCGCGACCUCGGUGGCCAGGUUCAGUGACAGCAGAGGACCACGCCCCACGGCUCUGCACCGAGCCCCUCCACCAAGCCCACCCGUGUCUCCCCGGGAAGGCAGAUGAGUCCACACCAGGUGACAAAGAGUUAAGUCGGACCCGCCUAGCAACCCCAAACCACCGAGCUUCCGCGACUGCGAAAUCCAGCAUUUGGUGAGUUCAGUCCAGAUGGAGUCCCGUCUGGGCCGCGCAGCUCCCUGAGGCCGCCAGGAGCCGCGGCGACUGACCCUGCCGCUGCGAGUCCCGUCCCCGCGGGGCAGGGGACCCCGCAGCAGGCCAGCGGGGGCCAAGGGCACAAGGCUGGACCUCAGACAAGGCAGGAAACCGAGCGCCGGGGCGGUGACGAGAGCUGGACCCGGGCUGCGGAUGCAGAGGAGCGUUGCUAGGAGACACGGUGAGCCCUCGAUUCCUCCGGGCCUGGCACCCCUCGUCUGCCGCAGCUAGGAUGCCAACCCGGCGCUGGGCCCCUGGGACUCAAUGUAUGACCAAGUGUGAGAACUCGCGCCCCAAGCCGGGUGAGCUGGCCUUCCGCAAGGGCGACAUGGUGACCAUCUUGGAGGCCUGUGAGGACAAGAGUUGGUACCGCGCCAAGCACCAUGGGAGCGGGCAGGAGGGGCUGCUGGCGGCCGCCGCCCUGCGGCAGCGGGAGGCUCUCUCUGCAGACCCCAAGCUCAGUCUCAUGCCAUGGUUCCACGGCAAGAUCUCGGGCCAGGAAGCUGUGCAGCAGCUUCAGCCACCCGAGGACGGGCUGUUCCUCGUGCGGGAAUCGGCUCGUCACCCCGGAGACUACGUCCUGUGUGUCAGUUUCGGCCGAGACGUCAUCCACUACCGUGUCCUGCAUCGAGAUGGCCACCUCACCAUCGACGAGGCCGUGUGCUUCUGCAAUCUGAUGGACAUGGUGGAGCCUGGUACCUGGGGGAUUCUGCUCACCCCGCUGAGGAGACUGUGGGGGAGGCCAGAGGCUCACGGCUGCCGGUCCCCACAGCACUACACCAGGGACAAGGGGGCCAUCUGCACCAAGCUGGUGAAGCCAAAGAGGAAGCAGGGCACCAAGUCGGCCGAGGAGGAGCUUGCAAAGGCGGGCUGGCUGCUCGACCUGCAGCACCUGACUCUGGGAGCGCAGAUCGGAGAGGGGGAGUUCGGAGCCGUCCUGCAGGGUGAGUACCUGGGGCAGAAGGUGGCCGUGAAGAAUAUCAAGUGUGAUGUGACAGCCCAGGCCUUCCUGGAUGAGACGGCCGUGAUGACAAAGCUCCAGCACAGAAACCUGGUCCGACUCCUGGGCGUGAUCCUGCACCACGGCCUGUACAUUGUCAUGGAGCACGUGAGCAAGGGCAACCUGGUGAACUUCCUGCGCACGCGGGGCCGCGCCCUCGUGAGCACAUCUCAGCUCCUGCAGUUUUCUCUGCAUGUUGCUGAGGGUAUGGAGUACCUAGAGAGCAAGAAGCUGGUACACCGCGACCUGGCUGCUCGCAACAUCCUGGUCUCUGAGGACCUGGUGGCCAAGGUCAGUGACUUUGGCCUAGCCAAGGCCGAGCGGAAGGGGCUGGACUCAAGCCGGCUGCCAGUCAAGUGGUCGGCGCCUGAGGCUCUCAAGAAUGGGCGGUUUUCCAGCAAAUCGGACGUCUGGAGUUUUGGGGUGCUGCUGUGGGAAGUCUUCUCGUACGGAAGAGCUCCGUACCCCAAGAUGUCGCUGAAGGAGGUCUCGGAGGCCGUGGAGAAGGGUUACCGCAUGGAGCCCCCCGACGGCUGCCCGGGCCCUGUGCACACCCUCAUGGGCAGCUGCUGGGAGGCGGAGCCUGCACGCAGACCGCCCUUCCGCAAAAUAGCGGAGAAGCUGGGCCGCGAGCUCCGCAGUGUGGGCGCCGCAGCCCCCCUUGGGGGACAGGAAGCCGAGGGCUCAGCUCUCCCACGGAGCCAGGAACCCUGACCCCUGAAGCACGAGGGCCCAGGUGCGGGGUCACAGGGCCGGGAUGGGCCAGCGCACAGACAGGCUCAGCAGCCCCUGGAGUCCCCACACCCAGGGCCCCCCAUAAAGAGCGAUUGGACGGACUUCGUA